AUGAUGCAACUAGCCAAACUUUUUCACUCAAGAGGUUUUCAUAUAACCUUUGUCAACACUGAUAAAUCACAGACGUUUAAUCCGCUCCAAGGGUCCGGACUCCGUAAAGGCUUACCCGAUUUCCGGUUUGAAACCAUACCAGACGGACUGCCACCUUCUGAUCGUGAUGCAACUCAAUAUGUUCCGGGGGGAUCAGAAGCACAAAACUGUUUAAAAUCUUCUGCAAUUAUAUUCAACACUUUUGAUGAGUUUGAACAAGAAGUAUUAGAGGCUAUUACCUCCAAAUUCCCCAACAUUUACACAAUAGGUCCACUUCCCCUGCUCUGUAGGCACGUCCCUGAUAGCAGUUUCAAGUCAUUUACAUCAAGCUUGUGGAAGGAAGACUCGGAAUGUCUUAAAUGGCUUGACAAAAGGGAACCAAAUUCAGUUGUAUACGUUAAUUAUGGUAGCGUGACUGUGAUGACUGACCAACACUUGAAAGAAUUCGCAUGGGGUCUGGCAAAUAGUAAGCACCCAUUUUUAUGGAUUGUUAGGCCGGAUGUGGUGAUGGGUGAUUCUGCUGUUUUACCUGAAGAAUAUUUUGAAGAGAUCAAAGAUAGAGGACUUAUAGCAAGUUGGUGUUCUCAAGAACAGGUGCUCACACACCCAUCAGUUGGUGUUUUUCUAACACAUUGUGGGUGGAAUUCUACAGUAGAAAGCGUAUGUGUCGGCGUGCCUGUGAUUUGUUGGCCUUUCUUCGCUGACCAACAAACGAAUUGUCGCUAUGCUUGCACAACUUGGGGCAUUGGAAUGGAAGUCAAUGAAGAUGUAAAGCGUGAUGACAUUGAGGCUCUUGUUAAAGAAAUGAUGCAAGGAGAUAAAGGAAAGCAAAUGAGGCAAAAGGCUCAAGAUUGGAAACAGAAAGCAGAAGCAACAACAGAUAUUGGAGGGAAAUCUUAUAAUAAUUUUAAUAGAUUGAUUAAGGAGGCUCUCCAUCAUCGUAACUAA